GAUUCCAAAUGAAGACCGAACUCCGACAAUCUUUUAUGCUCGUCCGCACAUGGCAGUUGGCGCAUAAAAUCCAAACUCCACACAACUUCACUCUCUGCAACAAUGGCGUCUCCAUCCACUUCCCUGUCUCUUUUCCUCUUCCUUUUCCUCCAUUUCUCUUCUUCCUUCUCCAAAACUUCCUCUGUCUUCUCUUCCCUCCUCCUCCGCCCUCAAACUCCCCCAAUCGAUUCCCUCCGCCACUACCGCACCGCCUUCUUCACUCAGAUCCUCGACCACUUCAACUUCAAUCCUCAAAGCUACCAAUCCUUCCAGCAGAGGUAUCUCAUCAACGACACCUAUUGGGGCGGCGCUGUUGAGAACGCUCCGAUCUUUGUCUACACCGGCAACGAAGGUAAUAUCGAAUGGUUUGCACAGAACACCGGUUUCAUUCUCGAAUCCGCUCCAAAAUUCCGCGCGCUUGUCGUGUUCAUCGAGCAUAGGUUUUACGGGAAAUCGAUUCCGUUUGGGGGAGAUGAAGAUGUGGCUAAUAGGAAUUCGAGUACGCUUGGAUUUUUAAGCUCGACGCAGGCGCUGGCGGAUUAUGCAACUCUGAUAACUGAUUUGAAGAGGAAUUUGACGGCGAUUGAUUCGCCGGUUGUGGUGUUUGGAGGUUCCUAUGGAGGAAUGCUGGCAGCAUGGUUUAGAUUGAAAUACCCCCACGUCGCCAUUGGAGCUAUAGCAUCAUCGGCUCCCAUUCUCCAAUUUGAAAACAUUACUUCACCUUAUUCCUUCAACAAUAUCAUCACCCAAGAUUUCAAGAGUGAGAGUCAGAAUUGUUACAGAGUGAUUAAGGGGUCGUGGCAGCAGAUUGACAUGGUUGCAAACCAACCAGGAGGGCCCCAGUUGCUUCGCAAAUCUUUCAAAUUUUGCAAACCGGCAGACUCCCAAUCGAUUCAAAAUUGGCUCUACACGGCCAUUUUGUACACGGCGAUGACCGAUUAUCCCACGCCAUCUAACUUUUUAAACCCGUUGCCUGCUUACCCGGUAAAACAGAUGUGCAAGGCGAUUGACGAUCCCACGACUGGGAACGACACGUUUGCAAAGUUGUACGGUGCAGCUAACGUCUACUAUAACUACACUGGGACUGCCACGUGUUUUGAUCUGGACGAUGAUUCGGAUCCUCACGAUCUUGGAGAUUGGACUUGGCAGGCUUGUACGGAGUUAAUAUUGCCAACAGGGGCUAACACAGAAGAUAGCAUAUUUCCAGCUUCAACAUGGCACUAUGCAGAUCGAGUCCAUUACUGCAAAAGUUUAUUUGACGUGGAGCCUCGCCGUUUUUGGAUCACCACACACUUUGGCGGCUUUAAUAUUGAGAGAGUUUUAAAGAGGUUUGGAAGCAACAUAAUUUUCUUCAAUGGAUUGAGAGAUCCUUGGAGUGGUGGAGGCGUGCUGAAAAACAUAUCCUCAAGCAUAAUAGCUAUUGUGGCAAAAGAAGGAGCUCAUCAUGUAGACUUGAGAUUCUCAGAUCCCAAUGAUCCAAAAUGGGUGAAAGAUGUGAGAAAGCAGGAACUCAACAUCAUUCAGGAUUGGCUUUCCCAGUAUUACCUGGACUUGGCCCAAUAUUAAAGCUCAUUGGGCCUUUUACAAUGACUGUAUUGGAUAGCAAACUUGGUGGAGAAGCAUCAGCUAUUGCACUUGAUUUGGAAGGAGAAAUUUAAACUAAUGUGGCUUCAAUAACCCGCUCCAGGUAAAUAAAAAUAUUCUUGCUUGGUGUAUGUUAACA